GACUCAAUCUAGUCGUAAUCGUAAUCUCAUCAUCCCUGCACACAGAUCUUUUUACUGCAUUAUAAUAAGUGAAUAUAGACGUGAGAAUCAUAGCUCCGCACGUAGCGGGGGUGUCAAGCAAGCACGAGAAAUGUGUGCUGCUUGUUAAUUCAUCGCUAGUUCUUAUUUUUCAACUGCGCACAAAACAGAACUAUACUGUGGAUACUAGUGAUGACACCGCGAAGUGUGAGAUUAGACCGAAUGAUCAAUUAAACUAGAAUUAAGUAUUUUUCGCGAGCCAAAUGUUUUCAUAUGUACAAUUCGUGCUUGUGUAGGAGGAAUCAAAAUGAGCGCGGAAAACAGGUGCCGAAUUGAUUCUGAGGAACGAGAUGAUCGCGCGGAGCAGUAUCAAAGGGCAAAUGAUAGUGAACAAGCAAACAUCAAACAUGAGUUUCAGAGGAUGCUGUCCGAUGAUUUUGAAGAGAUGGUCAAGAACAUGGCGUUAGUAGAAGAUACAAGUUGCGGAAUUUGGAUUUUCAAGGGAGAGUUUUGGCAAAAAUUUGCCAAUAAAAAAGUAUUCGUCUUCAUGUACGGCCUCGUCGGAUGCAUUAUUUCCGCAACCGCAGCGUACUUCAACGGCACAAUUACGACGAUGGAGAAACGAUACAAAAUCCCCAGCAGAAACUCUGCCAUUAUUGCGGUGGGAAUGGAUAUAAGCUCUGUAUUUCUAUUGCCUAUAUUGAGCUACUACGCUGGCAAGGGUCACCGUCCUCGAUGGGUUGCUUUUGGGAUGGUCACAAUAGUACUAUUUUGCUCGAUGAACAUACUACCCCAUUUGCUGUACGGUCCGGGUAAAGCGGCUCUGUCACUGACCACUGAAUAUGGAGCAAGGUAUGACGAGCAUGAAACCAAACAAGUCUUCGAUGCCCAGCUAGCGAAAACACUUUGUCGAAGCAAUGUUACACAGGGGGCAGAUUGUGAAACCGAGGAAGGAAAUUUCGCUCCACAAUCGAUACUAUUCUUGGCUCAGCUUGUCUCUGGUGUUGGAGAAUCACUCUAUUUUACGCUGGGGGUAUCCUACAUGGAUGAUAACAUAAAAAAAUCAAAAAGUCCGGCCCUGGUUAGUAUUUCCUAUUUUCUCCGGCUGAUAGGACCAGCUUUCGGAUACAGUUUGGCAUCAUGUUGCUUGAAACUAUACAUCUCCCCAAUGAUGACACCAACAGUGACCAAUGAGGAUCCCCGGUGGCUGGGAGCGUGGUGGAUCGGUUGGAUAGUGCUUGGAGGAAUCCUAGGUAUUUUAUCACCUUUCAUGGCAAUGUUCCCCAAACAAUUACCGAGAGCUGCCGUCCGUCAACGAAUCGCAGUUGAGCGGCAGAAACUCGAUAAGAACUCGGACAAGGACAAAAAAGAUGAUGAACUGCCAGCAUCAUUAAAAGACAUGAGCAAAACGUUCAAACGAAUGUUGAGUAACAAAAUUCUUAUGCUAAACAACGUUGCAUCGGUAUUUUAUUUCUUCGGUUAUGCGCCUUACUGGAUGUUCACACCAAAAUACAUUGAAACGCAGUAUAAACAAUCGGCCUCGACCGCCAAUUUUGUGACCGGUACCGUAGCGUUGGUCUUCUCUGCCAUAGGAGUACUAUUCGCGGGAGUUAUUAUCACCAAAUACAAACCCCGAGCACGAUAUAUGGCGUCGUGGAAUAUAUUUGUAGGAGCUCUCUCGGUUAUGGGUAUGGUUCUGUACGCUUUUCUCGGAUGUUCUGCGAGCGAGAAUUCAACUAUUGUGAACCAUCUACCUACUGCUAAUCAAACCCUAACUUGUAACUCGGCGUGUCACUGUGACUAUGUGGAGUAUUCGCCGGUUUGUGGUGAAGAUGGCAACACAUACAUUUCUGCAUGUCACGCGGGAUGUAAACAUCAGCAUCAAACAGCUGAUCUUAAGACAAUUAACGAAUGCGCUUGCAUAUCAAGUAGAAACGAAUCGAACAAGUUUGGUUUUAAAGAACUGCUUCCCUCCAACGAUAGCUCUGAUUUCAGUUCCGAUAUAUCAACAUUCCGUGGAGGCAAAGCAAUCGAUGGCCCCUGUCCGGUGGAUUGCAAGCGGGAGUUCAUUACGUUCCUGGUGGUAAUGUGCUUCCUCAAAUUUUCUGGCGCAACGGGUCGAGCCAGCAACUUUUUGGUGUCGAUACGAUGUGUCGACGAGAAGGAUAAAACCGUUUCGAUAGGCUUCGAAAUGAUGCUGCUCAGCAUGAUGUCUUUCAUUCCAAGCCCUAUCUUUUUCGGGCUAGUGUUGGAUAAAACAUGUCUUGUGUGGGGCAAAACAUGCUCGGGUGACGGAAACUGCUGGCUGUAUGAUGGCGAAAUGCUUAGGUAUCUUAUGAACUUAAUUGCCGCAGGGUUUGUAUUGUUGGGAACGAUCCUCGAUUGUGGUGUUUGGUAUUAUGUGAAGGAUUUGAAAAUAUUCGAUGAUGAAGAGAAAGAAAAAGAAAUCAGCCUACCAGUGAAUGAAGACGAAACUAGCCGACCAUCGACACACCAUUGAAUAUGUUCCCCAUUUGUUUCUUAUUAGUGAUAGAACAGUUCAAGAGAAUCUUCUUUAGAAUAUAAUUGAAUCAAUUAUGUCAA